GGCGCGCGGGUGCGCCAUGACUGCCGUGAAAGUGGCCGGCAGCGCCUGAGCUCAAACGAUUGCAACGCGCGCAUCGAUCAGCAGGCAGCCCAGUUCCAUGCGCAAACGAGAACGAUCAAUGCCUGCCGCCUCGCGACGGCCGCGCUCGUCUUGGCAGUGAGCAGCAUCAUGGCCUUGCUGUGUGGCGUCGCGCGCGUGGUCGUCGGCGUCCUGCUGGCCGCGCACUGCGCCGCGGCGCUGCCCCACAUCGCGCCGUCGGCCGCGCCAGGCAACAGCACCGACCGGCGGCGCCUCCAGCCGGGGUCGGGCCCGAACUGCCCGGCGGGCAUGUUUGAUAUGACCGACGGGAGCUGGAACUGGUGGCAGUGCGGCCAUGGCUGCGCGGGCGGCCGCUACACGGAUGCGUAUUGCUACUGCGCCUGCCAAUGCGAGAGCGGCAACCCGGCCUACCUCACCGGCAGCGACGGGCCGUGCGUCGACUCUGAUUACUACUAUGACGACGCUGGUCAGGCCGAUGACUGGUACUAUUACUAUGACGACGAUGGCCAAGACGAUAAUUUGAACUAUUACUAUGACGACAAUGGCCAGGACGAGGAGGAGGACGCAAACGAGGACGAGGAGGAGGACGCCGUCGAGGACGAUGACUGGUACUAUUACUAUGACGACAACACUGUCUCCGUCUUGGACGACGACAGCAUCAGAGACGCGGUGGCGGCGUGGCUCGAGGACGCGACGGCCGCCGAGGCGACGUACGGCCACAUCUCGACGUGGGAGACAUCGGAGGUGACGGACAUGUCGGAGCUGUUCGAUGGCGCCUCGUCGUUCAACGAGGACAUUAGCGCGUGGGACACCUCGGGCGUUACGUCGAUGGCGGAGAUGUUUCGGGACGCAUCCUCCUUCAAUCAGGACAUUGGAGGCUGGAGCGUUGGAGCUGUUAUCGAUAUGGAGGAGAUGUUCGAUGGCGCCUCAACGUUCAACCAGGACAUUAGUGGUUGGGCGGUCCACAGCGUCGGGGACAUGGGCUGGAUGUUCGCCCACGCCUCGGCCUUUGACCAGGACCUCGGCUGGUGCGUGGACGACCUGAACCUGACCGACGCGUUCACCAACACCCCGUGCGAGUCGACGUCGUGCGGCGUACAGUUACAGGACAACGAUGGCGCCUGCCCGAGCCCGACCUACGCUCCCAGCCGGCGCCCGACGCUGCGUCCCACGCCGACACCCAGUCGGCGCCCUACGCAGCGCCCGACCUAUGCACCCAGCCGGAGCCCGACGCCGCGUCCUAGCCCGGCGCCACGGCCAACGUCGACGCCCAGCGGACGCCCGACGCCCAAGCCCUCGGCCGCGCCGAUGCCGCGACCAACGCCGCCGCCCAGCCCGCGCCCGACGCCCAUGCCCUCGUUUCCAAGAAAGACGCCGCAGCCGACCCCUCGGCCAUCGCGGCGCCCUACACCUAGACCGUCGCCCGCCCCGACGCCGUUACCCGGCGACCCGACGGCCGCGCCCAUCUCUGCGCCGUCGCCGCGGCCCACGCGCCGACCGUCGCCGAUGCCUACGCGGCGACCAUCGCCGCGGCCGACGCCGCAGCCCUCGCCGCGCCCGACCCCUCGUCCCUCGUGGGAGCCGUCGCGGCGGCCGACGCCUGCACCCAGCCUACGCCCGACGACGAUUUAUGGCUACACUAUGACCGACAGCAAUAUCAGAACGGCCGUCGACGCGUGGCUCGCGAACCCGACGGCCGCCGAGGCGACGUACGGCCACAUCUCGACGUGGGCGACUGGGGGCGUGACGGACAUGGAGGAGCUGUUCGAAGAUGCCUCGUCCUUCAACGAGGAUAUCGGCGAGUGGGACAUCUCUGGCGUGACAACGAUGGAGGACAUGUUCAGGGGCGCCUCGGCCUUCGACCAGGACCUCGGCUGGUGCGUUGACGACGACGUGGACCUGGACGACGCGUUCGACGAUACCCCGUGCGAGUCGACGUCGUGCGGCGUCAAGCAAGGGGACGGCGCCUGCGCGCCGACGCCGCGCCCGACGCCCGAGCCGUCGCCGGUGCCCGAAAGCCCGACGCAACGGCCAUCACACAAACCGACGCCCAAGCCCAGCGCGACGCCGACGCCGCGGCCGACGCCGCCGCCGACUCCGGCGCCAACUCCCGCCCAAACGCUCGUCCAGGUCGAUUCUUCGGUGACGCUCGCGGGCAUCGUCGCCACCGAGUUUAACGCCGACGAAGACAUGAAGGCGGCCUUUGCACAGUCCGUCCUGGAUAGCGCCAACGGAGCCUUCGACGAAGUAAUUGAUAUCGAGGCGGCCGGGAUCGUGUCCGCCGGGAAACGGAGACGCCUCGACGACGGCGCGGGCGUCGACGUCUCCUACACGGGCGUCGCGCGCGUCGACGACACCGAAACAGCCGAGGCGGACUCGGCGGACUUGCUGCAGCAGUCUACGGAGGCCCUGAGGACAGCUGUCGACGACGGGAGCUUCUUAAGCACGCUGCAGGCAGCGGAUGCAGCAUUCGCCGCCGUGAAGGUGGACCUCGAAGCGACGAAAGCGGCGUUGUUGGCGGCCACGGUCGUCUUCGUCGUCACGACGCCUGCGCCGACCACAUCGCCGACCACGUCGCCGACCACGUCGCCGACGCCGAGCCCGUCAAAGACGCCGCUGGCGAGCGACAAGUCGAGCGGCAAGGGCUCGGGCGGCGACACGACGGCGGCGAGCGCCGGCGGCGGCGCGGCGGCGGGCGUCGUGCUCUUACUGGCCGCCGGCGUCAUGCUUUCUCGGCGCAGGAACGCCAGGAAGACCGACGAGGAGGUGGACGUCGAGGCACCGGCAACGCGACCGAGCGACAACGUGCCAUCCCCGCCCGAGUCGACGCGUCCGAGCGAGGCGAGCGCCGCCACGGCCGAGACGGCCGAGCUGCCGCCGCCGCCGCCGCCGCGGCCCUCGCUCACCUCGCCCAGCAGUGCGCGCAGCGCGCGGGGCCUCAUGCGGGGAGUCAGCCGCUUCGUCGGCAAAGCCCUCGCUUCGCUCAGGGUGAUUCCGAGGCACCUUACUUUUGGUGAAGGGACGGCGAGGGUGAACUGGCCGAAGUCCGAGGACCUGGUGGGCCGCAGCGUCGACGGCCGCUGGGAGCUGGCGUCGGCGUCGGACGGCUACGACGUGCCGUGCACGCCCGCCCAGCGGGAGGCGUUCGAGCGCGUCCAGGGGACCGCCCUCGCAGGGCGGGCCGCGGCGCUGCGGACGUCAUUAGAUCUGCUGCGCGUGAGCUGGGAGGUCGGUCGCGUUCAGUUUAAUGUGCGGCGCGGGAACUGCUUCGGCGACGCUAUUAGUGUGUUGGGGGAGCUACCGGUCGAAAGGUGGCGCCAGCCGUUCUUCGUGGUGUUCCGCGGCGAGCCGGGCCUCGAUGCGGGCGGCGUCUCGCGGGAAUUCUUCUUCAAGGCCAUCAGUGAACUGCUGGACCCGGUCAAGGGCGUCUUCCGAGUGGUCGAGGGUUCUACAUAUUAUCCGAACGACGAUUUCGUGGUGAAACGAGCGCUAAACGGGGCGGAGGACCGCGUCCUCACGUUCGCUGGAAGGUUGUUGGGAAAAGCAUUGCUUGAGGGCCACCACGUCCCUGCCGGGUGGAACAGCGUCCUGCUGAAGCAUCUCAUGGCGCUGCCCGUCUCCCUGAGAGACGACCUGUGCCUGAUCGACGCCGAAAUCAGCCGCUCGUUGGAACUCAUCGCCGACAUGUCCGGGGCGCAACUGACUGACCUGGCGCUGACCUUUUCGGUGGCCAGACCGACAUUGAACGGCUUCGAGGACGUGUCCCUCCGCGGCGACGGCGGCGAGGAGGUCACCGAGGGGAACGUCCAAGAGUUCGCCCGUUUAAGAGCGACGGCGGACCUCGGCGGGCAGCAGGCGAAGAGCAUCGGGUGCCUGGUACGAGGCUUUCGCGACGUCGUGCCGGAGGCCACGUUACUACUCUUGGAAACUCCAGAGGAGCUGCGAGAAGCUUUGGCCGGCGUCGAGGCUCUGAAUGUGGACGACUGGCGGGCUGCGACGCAAUUGCGAGGCGAGUUCAAGGACACUCCGAAGCACAGGGUCGUGGAGUGGUUCUGGUCGCACGUGACGACGCUCAACGCGUCCAAGAAGGCGGAGCUGCUCAAGUGGGCCACCGGAAGCGCAAGGUGCCCCUUGGGCGGCUUUGCGAAAUUGCAUGGGCGGGAUGGGGUCUUGCGGCCUUUCACUCUGACGUCCGUCGAGCUGGCGCAAUGCGCCUAUCCUAGAGCGCAUACCUGCUUCAACCGCAUCGACCUGCCGCUGUACUCGUCCAAGCAUGACCUCGUCGCGGCAUUCGAUGUAGCGCUGGACCCGCGGCAGGCCCAGGUAUUUUCGAUGGACUGACGUGCGCGCGCGCGGUGCGCCGCGGUCCGCGGAAACCGAACCCGUACCCCUACACGCCAUCGACGCGUGGCGUCAUGAUCAUGAUCGCGUGCGCUGACCUUAGGAAUUAACUAGCUGUUGUGGUAAACUUAGAGAUCCCUU